AGGCAUAGACAGCGAGGCCGGGAGAGGAACGAUGGUGUUCAAAGGCAGAAUGCCAGAGCGAAUCGCCAUGAUGACCAGCAACAGGAAAACCGCCCAAGGACGAGGGGUCAGAAACGUCAGGCGGAUGAAAUGGCUAGAGACGAGGUUCAGAACCCACAACCACACGACCUUGAGACAGGGGCAGACGAAUUAGAGACAGGGGGAAACAGACUCCUACAGGAUGAUGCCGAUAUAUGGAUAGUUGGGGAUUCGAUCCCGUUUUGGGCUGGCGAGCGGGCCAAAACAACAGGGAAGGCUAAUCUGCGUCUAGAUGGCAGGACGAUCGCCUGGUGGGGCGUGAGGGGUCUGCGAUGGAGUGGUUUUCGACGCACAGUCCAAAGCCAGGUGUUGCUGUCUCCUCCUCCUUCUGCCAUUGUCAUACACUUAGGUGGGAAUGAUUUACAUGAUCUUUCUAUUAUAAAAAUAAAGAAGAGCAUUAGAUCCGAAAUACGGUACUUAAGAGAGGCCUUUCCUGACACCGUUCUAAUUUGGAUUGAUAUCCUACCGAGGAGAAUUUGGAGAGGGGAUUUUUCACCUAAAGUAAUAGAUGAAAAAACAAUGUCGCAGACUACUGAAACGUGUGGAACAGAAGGUGAGGUGAUGUCAACAAGGAGAACGCAGUUACAGGUACACCUGUACAGGCUGGACACUCAGGUGCUACGUUCUUAA